GUACAGUAUGAAGAGGAAACAUCCUGACCCUGACGGGGACAUCAUGAGUCCAUCCUCCAGUGGGACCCAGGACGUGGAGGGGUGUCCGUAUCCUCUCUACUCCAUCAAGAGAGCAGGGCCUUACCUGUUAGGACCUCGGCUGGGAAACUCUCCAGUACAGAGCAUUGUACAGUGCUUGGCAAGGAAGGAAGCAACUGAUGACUUUUACUCAAUAAAGAUCCUGACGUUGGAGGAUGGUCGGAGGGAGACUCAGGAUGACAAACAGGGGAAGAUGUUACUCCACACAGAGUACUCCCUACUGUCUCUGCUACACGACCAGGAGGGAGUGGUGCAUCAUCACGGGCUCUUCAUGGAGAAAGCCUGGGAACCCCCAACAGACAGUUCCACUAAACACCUGGCAGACAGACCAGGGAGGAUCAGGAAGCGACUGUGUCUGGUGCUGGACUGUCUGUGUGCUCACGACUUCAGCGACCAGACCGCAGACCUCAUCAACCUGCAGCACUACGUCAUCAAGGAGAAAAAACUGUCCGAGAAGGAAACUAUUGUCAUCUUCUACGACGUGGUGAGAAUAGUGGACGCACUACAUAAGAAAAAUAUUGUACACAGAGACUUAAAACUGGGUAAUAUGGUUCUCAAUAAGAGAACCAGAAGAGUGACAAUUACUAACUUCUGUCUGGGGAAACACCUGGUGUGUGAGACAGACCUACUGAAGGACCAGCGUGGCAGCCCUGCCUACAUCAGCCCUGAUGUUCUCAGUGGUCGCCCGUACCUUGGGAAGCCCAGUGACAUGUGGGCCCUGGGCGUGGUUCUGUUCACCAUGCUGUAUGGACAGUUUCCUUUCUACGACAGCGUGCCUCAGGAACUCUUCAGGAAAAUCAAAGCCGCCGAGUACAACAUACCCAAUGAUGGCCGAGUGUCUGACGCCAUCUCCACCCUGAUCCAGAAGCUGCUAGUACUGGACGCUGACACCAGACUGUCCGCUGCACAAGUACUGGACUACCUCAGUACAACUAUAGCCACAUGGCAGUCGAUGUCGGCCAUCACAGGCCCACUACAGGUGGUUCCUGACAUUGAUGACCAGCGGGAGGGGAAAAACAUCAGCAGUGAUAAGAAAUCCUGGGACUUGGACCAACCUGGACAGUCUCAGGGCGGUGAUUUUGAGGCUAAGAUGCAGCACGCUCACGAGGAGUACCUGCUGAAGGGAGACCAGAGGAAGGUCCUGCAGCCGCGCAGACGUCUGGCCAGCCAGCCUGUACCGGUACGGCGCCUCAGUCAGGACGCACGCCCUCUCACCCCUGCACAAGUACAGGCCUUCAGACAUCUUCUACAGCCUAGCCAACAGUAGUUAACUCAAACUGUGGCUAGUAGCCAACAGUAGUUAACUCGAACUGUUACUAGUAGCCAGCAGUAGCUAACUCAAACUGUGGCUAGUAGCCAGCAGUAGCUAACUCAAACUGUGGCUAGUAGCCAACAGUAGCUAACUCAAACUGUGGCUAGUAGCCAACAGUAGCUGACUCAAACUGUGGCUAGUAGCCAACAGUAGCUAACUCAAACUGUGGCUAGUAGCCAACAGUAGCUGACUCUAACUGUGGCUAGUAGCCAACAGUAGCUAACUCAAACUGUGGCUAGUAGCCAACAGUAGCUGACUCAAACUGUGGCUAGUAGCCAACAGUAGCUAACUCAAACUGUGGCUAGUAGCCAACAGUACCUAACUCAAACUGUGGCUAGUUUGUCCUACAAACUCUUUUUAUCGUAAAAACAUAUGAAAAAUGUUAUGGAACAAGUUUAGUCGGCAAUUUCAAACACAUUACAACUCCAGUCUUUGUCAAGGAAUGAGCAGUCCACCAGUUCUGUGAUGUCACGUUAUGCAGAUGACACGUGACUCAGUUUGCUUUGGAUGUGGUUUGUAGAAAGUCUGUGGCGCCCCCCGUCUUUGUUGAGGGAUCAUGGUUCUCCCACCUCACAGUACCACCUUAUAAUAAUGUGUGAGCAGUUGUUGAGUAUUUUUCUUGAGAAUGAAGUUCUCUAGUGUAGUGUCAUCCAAGAAAACAAGACUUCUCCAAGAUUUCAAAAUCUUACCAAUCAAACUUCUGUGCCUCUAUGUAACGUAUUAGAUAGGUGUGUGCAGAAUUUGUAAUAAUCAUUUCUUAAUGUUUGCUGAAAUUCUUGAUAUUUAAUGUGUUGUAUUGAACAAUGUAAAAAGAUAGUUGUAGGUAUUAGUACAUUAUAUUGACCACAACUGUGAUGUAUGACUUGUACAAAGUAAUAUUCUAAAAUUUAUAAUGCUAUAUGUCAGUGUUGCAUGGAACUUCUAUGAAAGCAAUCAUCGUAAGUGCAAGCCCUUCUUUAGGGUCCCACAGAAACAUAUUGUGCUGCAUGUAAACAUGUAAGAUAAUAUAGUAUUUUCCAAUGUAUGAAUCAUGAUAAAGAGUUAUAUGCUGCUGUAUACAGUAAUAGUAAUUUAACCGAAAUAAUGACUGAUUUGUAGAGAAAUAUGAUUUUAUGUACAGCAUCAGUCUGUAAUUUAAAUAUCACUGUAAACUACAAAAAAUAAUCAUUGAUAUGAACAAUAUUUGGUGUCCAGAAUACAUUCAAAUACAUAACUUAUAAGAAAUUUUGGCUUGGCCUUGUGACAAGUCUUUGGACUAUACAUGUGUGUACUGAGUACUGGACUUGUUGUACAGUAGCUAACUUAUUAUGAUGAAUAUUGUUCUGUGUCAGUGACAGUUUGGACAACCAAACAUCCAACCUCUGUCCCAGUGGUAAUUCUCAUACCUGUUGUAUGGAAAAUGUCCCAUUUGACCUUCAUGUAUAGCUGAUGGAUAUUUGGUUGUGAAUCCUUGUGUGUCGGAAAUAAAAGUCUAUAUUUGUAUACAAUGUACGGCAUGUACAUUGUAGAGUGUUUUUUUACAGGUUACG